AUGGCGCCCAUUAAGCGCAAGGGGAAUGCCCCCGAAGAAAUCAAUACUCGCCAACCCCAAAAACGUGCCAAAGUUGGUGCUGAAGAAGGCAAGAAAGACCACAAGAAGCCGGAAGAUGGCACAUCCACCGCCGCAAAGGCUUCAGAGCUUUCCGUGCUGCGCGACGACGAACCCUCGUUCCCUCGUGGUGGCGCGAGUGUUCUGACAGCAUUGGAGCGCAAGCAAAUCCAGAUCCAGGCCAACAGAGAUGUUCUUUUCGAGCAGAAAGCAGUCGGAGACCGGAAGUCUGCCCAGAAAAAGCCUGCCGAAGACUUUGACGAGGAAAGCGACAACGACGUCGAAAUGGAGGAUGAAGAGACUACUACAGCCACCAAGAAGUCGCGCAAGAAGAAGUCAAAGUCUAAGAAGUCCGCAGACAAGGGAACUGACGACAAGCAAAACGUUCGCAUUGAGGGUCUCAGUUUCAAGCGUCUUGUACCAGGAGCCAUGGUCCUCGGUCAAGUUUCUAGUAUCAAUGCCCACGACAUCGCCCUCUCGCUGCCCAACAACCUUACCGGUUACGUUCCUCUCACAUCGAUUUCGAAGGGACUUGAAGAUAGACUCGAGAAGAUGUUAAACGACGAGGGUGAAGAUGACGAUGCCGAGGAAAGCUCAGAUGACGAAUCAUUCGAGCUGAAGGACCAUUUCUAUCUCGGUCAAUAUCUACGCGCAUGCGUUGUGUCUACAGGCGCCAACCCUGAAGAUCCCAAGGCAAAGAGCAAGAGGCACAUUGAGCUCUCGGUCGACCCAAGACAGACCAACACCGGCUUCUCAAAGUCCGAUCUAGCUGUGAACUCGGCUGUCCAAGCGUCUGUCGUCAGCGUGGAAGAUCACGGUGUGGUCAUGGACCUUGGCAUUGAAGGAUCGGACUUGAAGGGUUUCAUGUCUUCCAAGGAAACAGACCCUCGCGUGGAUUAUUCUAACAUCAAGGAAGGAUCCGUCUUCCUUUGCAUGGUUACUGGUCAGAACCCCAGUGGCAAUGUCAUCAAGCUGUCCUCCAACUUCCAAGCUUCCGCCUCGAUCAAGAAGUCCAACUACCUCAGCUCGGCACCUACAAUCAACACUUUCCUCCCUGGUACCGCUGCAGAGAUUCUUCUUACUGAAGUCACAUCCAACGGAAUGAUCGGAAAGAUUAUGGGCAUGCUCGAUGCAACCGUUGAUUUGGUUCAGUGCAGCAUCAACGGCAAAGUUGACUUGGAGAGGAAAUACAAGAUCGGCGCCAAGAUCAAGGGCCGUAUUAUCUCAACAUUCCCGGCUGCUGAGCCCCUCAAGGUUGGCUUCUCUUUGCUCGACCACGUGCUCAAGCUCUCUUCAGAGGCUCGCGGCCCCGGUUCUGCUGAUGAUGCGCCUGCUAUAUCUGCAAUCAUUCCCGAUGCCAAGGUCGUUAAGGUUGAUCAGGGUCUGGGUGUGUAUGCUCGUAUUGGAGAGACAAAGCACAUGGGAUUCGUCCACAUGUCCAGACUCUCUGAUGGCAAGGUCGAAACAGUUGACGAGUCUUCGGGAGCCUUCCAGUUGGAUGCUGUUCACGAGGCAAGAGUCAUCGGGUACAACCCGAUUGAUAACCUCUACAUUCUCUCUUUUGAAAAGUCCGUUAUCGAGCAACCCUUCCUUCGCGUCGAGGAUGUGAAUGUUGGUGCUAUUGUCAAAGGAAAGGUCGAGAAGCUUUUGAUUGGUCCUAAUGGCAUGGACGGAUUGAUUGUCAACCUUGCCGAUGGAAUCACUGGUCUUGUCCCCUCUAUGCACUUUGCGGAUACCAUGCUUCAAUUCCCCGAGAAGAAGUUCCGCGUGGGCCAGAAGCUUUCGCUGAGAAUUCUCUCUGUGAACCUCGAGAAGCGCCAAAUUCGUUUGACACUGAAGAAGAGUUUGCUCAACAGCGAGUCUGCUAUCUGGAAGGACUACACAGACAUUAGUCCCUCGGCUCAGUCUCCUGGUACCAUUGUCAGCCUCCAAAACCACGGUGCUGUUGUGCAGUUCUACGGUGAAGUCCGCGGUUUCCUUCCCGUUUCUGAGAUGAGUGAAGCCUACAUCCAGGAUCCAGCCCAGCACUUCAAGCUCGGCCAGGUCGUUAAUGUUCACGCUUUGAGCGUUGAUGCAUCCGCUGAGAGACUCGCUGUUUCCUGCAAGGACCCCUCCACAUUUACCGAGAAGUAUCGCCAGGCCUUCGAGAACCUGCACCCCGGCCACCUUGUUGCUGGAACCGUCUUCGAGAAAUCCAACGACGAUGUUCUCAUCAAGCUUGACGAGUCUGGCCUCGUGGCACGUCUUGAUUCUCAGCACAUCAUCGAUGGCUCCCCAUCCAAGCAAAGCUCUAUGAUGUCCAAGCUCCGCGUCGGACAGAAGCUGAACGAACUUCUCGUUCUCAGCAUCCAGCGCGCUCACCGUCUCAUCAAGGUUUCCACCAGGGUCAGCUUGAAGAAAGCUGCCAAGCAGAACAAUAUGCCCGGCGACUUCGAGCAGGUGCAAGAGGGUUCCAUCGUCACAGGCUUCGUCCGCAAUAUCACCCCUGAUGGUGUCUUUGUUGAGUUCCUCGGUGGCCUGACUGGCUUGCUCCCCAGGCGUCUCAUUGAGGACGCCAACCUCGAGCAGCCUCACUACGGCCUGUCAAAGGCGCAAACAAUUGUUCUCAAUGUACAGUCGGUGGAUGUGGACUCGCAGCGCUUCAUUUUGAGCAUGAAGCCCGUCGUGGCUCCCCAGGCUUCCACUAAGAAGGCCACCAAGCAGCAGACUGAUGACACUGUCGCCAACCCUAUUGAUAACAACAUCAAAAGCAUGUCCGACUUCACCUUCGGCAGAAUUGUUGAGUGCAAGAUCGUGUCUGUCAAGGCAACCCAGCUCAAUGUUCAGCUCGCCGAUAACAUUCAAGGUCGCAUCGAUGUGUCCGAGGUGUUCGACGACUGGAAGGACAUCAAGGAUCGCAAGCAGCCUUUGCGAUUCUUCAAGACCAAGCAGGCUCUCUCAGCCCGGAUCCUUGGUGUUCACGAUGCCCGUAACCACAAGUUCCUCCCCAUCAGCCACCGCACUGGAAAGUACCCUGUGUUUGAGCUUUCUCUUAAGCCAAGCUACUUGAAGGCCGCCAACCCUGCCCCACUGAACAUGGAGCAGGUUCAAGUUGGAUCCUCUUGGAUGGGCUUCGUUAACAACAUUGCCGACGACUGCCUCUGGGUCAACCUGUCUCCCAACGUUCGCGGCAGACUCCGUCUCAUGGAUGCCGCGGAUGAUUUGUCCCUGCUGACGGAUGUGGAGAAGAACUUCCCCAUCGGCUCUGCUCUGAAGGUCCAGGUCACCGCUGUGAACGCCGAAAAGGGCCACCUCAACCUCACUGCCAAGCAAGGUUACGACAAGCUCUCCUUUGGAGAUAUCUCCGUUGGCAUGAUCUUGCCUGGUCGUGUUACCAAGGUUACUGAGCGCCAAGUUAUCAUGCAGCUUGGUGAGUCACUCGUUGGCGCGGUCAACCUGAUCGAUCUUGCCGAUGAUUACUCCAAGGCCAACCCCACAGUACACAACAAGAACGAGGUUCUCCGCGCCUGCGUCAUCGCUGUUGACAAGGAUAACAAGAAGAUCGCCUUGUCUCUGCGUCCCUCCAAGGUCUUCAGCUCCUCUCUCCCCGUCCAGGACCGCGAGAUCUCCUCGCUUAAGGAUAUCAAGCCUAACGACGUCAUUCGCGGCUUCGUUCGACGGGUCACUGAUUCCGGUCUCUUCGUGGCGGUCAGCAACGAUAUCACUGCCUACGUCCGCGUCUCCGACCUCUCAGAUUCUUACCUCAAAGAAUGGAAGGAUGCCUUCCAGCCCGAUCAAUUGGUCAAGGGUAAGGUCAUUUUCGUUGAUGCCGAGCAGGGCAAGCUGCAGUUGAGCUUGAAGGAGUCGGUCUUGGACCCUAACUUCAAGGCCCUGAUCACCCUGAAGGAUCUCAAGGUUGGCCAGAUUGUCACCGGAAAGGUCCGCAAGGUUGAGGAGUUUGGUGCCUUCAUCGUUGUUGACGGCUCUUCGAACAUCAGUGGUCUCUGCCACCGAAGUGAGAUGGCUGACAAGCGUGUCGAAGAUGCCCGCAAGUUGUACGAUGAGGGUGAUGCCGUCAAGGCUAAGAUCAUCAAGAUCGACCUCGAGUCGAAGAAGAUCUCUUUCUCGCUCAAGGCUUCCCACUUCCAAGACGAAGAGGACGAUGAGAGUGAGGAUGAGGACAGCAUGGAAAUUGAUGGUCCUGGCGGUGUCGAGCUCGGUGAGAACGACAGCGAUGAGGAUGAUGAUGAUGAGUCCAUGGGGGGCGUUGAUGUAGAGGAUGACAGCGAAGAGGAGGAGGAGGAGGAGGAGGAGGAGGAGGAGGAGGAAGAGAGCGACGAAGAGGACGACGAAGAGGUAGCGCUCCAGAAGCCCAGCAAGGCUGGCGGUCUCGGUGCAAGCAGCUUCGACUGGAGCGGCGCUGUGCAGACCGACAAUGCUGCGAACUCCGACAGCGACGACGAGGGCUCCAAAAAGAAGAAGAAGAAGAACCGCAAGCCUGAGAUUCAGGUUGACCGAACCGGUGACUUGGAUGCCAAUGGCCCCCAGUCCGUUGCGGAUUUCGAGCGUCUCCUCCUGGGUGAGCCCGACUCCUCGCUGCUGUGGCUGCAGUACAUGGCCUUCCAGCUGGAGCUGGGUGAGAUCGAGAAGGCCCGCUCUAUUGCCGAGCGCGCUCUCCGCACCAUCACCAUGGGCCAGGACGCCGAGAAGCUGAACAUCUGGAUCGCCAUGUUGAACAUGGAGAACACCUACGGUGACGACGACAGUCUCGAGGAGGUCUUCCAGCGUGCUUGCCAGUACAACGAGCCCCAGGAGAUCUACGAGCGGAUGAUCAGUAUCUACAUCCAAUCUGGCAAGAACCAGAAAGCAAGUGAUCUCUUCUACGCCGCUCUCAAGAAGAAGAUCUCUUCCCAGUCCCCCAAAUUCUUCUACAACUACGCCAGUUUCCUCUUCGACACCAUGGCCUCUCCCGACCGCGCUCGCGCUCUACUCCCGCGCGCCCUGCAGUCCCUUCCCGCCCACACCCACGUCGAGACGACUUCCAAGUUCGCCCAGCUGGAGUUCCGCUCCGCUAACGGUGAUAUCGAGCGUGGUCGUACCGUUUUCGAGGGUCUCCUUUCCUCGUUCCCCAAGCGCAUUGACUUGUGGAACAUUCUCCUGGACCUGGAGAUUAAGGUCGGCGAUGCAGAGCAGGUGCGCCGUCUCUUCGAGCGAGUUCUUGGCCUGAAGAGUGGCAAGAAGGGUCCCGUUAGCGUGGACGCGAGCAAGAAACUUAAGCCCAAGCAGGCCCGUUUCUUGUUCAAGAAGUGGCUUGCCUUUGAGGAGAAGCUUGCUGCUGAUAAUGGAGAUGAGAAGAUGGUCGAGGAAGUCAAGGCACGGGCUGUGACCUAUGUCAAGACUUUGCAGUCGGACGAGUAA